AUGGAAUUCCCUCCAAUAUAUUCGUUCCCACCUUUGUAUACAAGACAACCAAAUGCUGUAAUUAGAAAUAAACAAAUUGAUUCAUGGAUUGAUAUUAUAUUAAGUAUAUCAAAACAACAAUCCCUAUGGGAAAUUGAUUCACAAGGAAAUUUUAUCCAACAAUCUAUAUCCUUAUUUGAGAAUAAAGAUAUAGAUAGAACUGUUUCACCGCUUUUCAUCAAAGAAAUACUUCAAAGAAUGGUUAAGACUCAAAAAUUGGUAGCAAGAGACGACAUGAGCGAUUCAACUUAUUGCAUAUUAUGGAAAAAUUUGGAUUCUUGGGCGUCUUUAAUGUUGGAAUGGUUCGAAACUACAAAUAAGUUGAACCAAGUGGUCACAAUAUAUGAAUUAACGUCGGGAGAUGAAAGUAUAGGUUGGGAAUUUCAUUCUAUGCCGGAUCCUCUCGUCUCUAAAUGUCUUAAUUUAUUAGUGAAAAGAGGGAGAGCCACAAUGUUAAAAGACGAAUAUAAUAAAUAUAUUGCUAUAAAAGUAGUAUAA